AUGCCACCCAAAGCACAAAACUCGAACGGGUCGGACGGCCCCUCGAACAGCCGCUCAUCAAUCAGCGAAGGAGCCACGGAGGCUUCCACGUCACAAUCUCAACCGGGCGCCAACUCGGUGGCUUCCACCACUGUCCUCCCCAAGAUGUCGGAUGCCAACGCAAUCAGUCCAAGCCCUGCAGUAUCACAGCCCAUGUCCAAGUCAAAUUCGGCCGGCUCAAACCCGUCCUCCAAGGAUGCAGGCGCCGAAAAGGCAUCGCCUUAUGGCACGCGCUCGCGUAACAGGACAGGCACCUCGCGCCCCAACUACGCAGAGGACAAGGACAUCGACAUGGAGCUUUUUGAGAUGUAUCCCGAGAGGCGCGAAGAUGAAACCAAAAAGUCUACCCGUCUCGCCAACUCGUCAACAAAUGGGUCGCAGGAUGCCCCGCCGCGCUCGACCGGCGGCACCUCACGCAGACCACUCCCGACUGACGGGAGGCAAUCAUCCUCGCAGAUGCAUUCCAAAGACCAGAACUCGACCCCGAGUGCAGCUGCGACACCGGCUUCAAAUUCUACGGCUACCUCGCAGCCCUCCAAAAAGCGCAAGGCCGCUUCCCAGGCUGCCACGUCGGGCGGCCACUCCCACGCCGGCUCCCAUUCGCAUGCACCUGCCUCCAGCACCACGAGGAAAUCGGCAGCCGCCGCAGCGAGCCAGAAUGGCCUGGGCUACUCCGAGACGAACCUGCUCACGUUUGACGAUUGCAAGGGACGACCAGUAGACGGAAAACUGGUCGCCGAUGACGGCACGGUCCUCGAGGUGAACGAUCAUGUGUACCUCGUGUGCGAGCCGCCAGGCGAGCCGUACUAUAUCGGCCGAGUCAUGGAGUUCUUGCAUGCAAAGAAUGACCCGUCCAAGCCCAUCGAUGCGCUUCGCGUCAAUUGGUAUUAUAGGCCAAGGGAUAUCGGUCGCAAGGUGCAGGACACACGGGCAGUUUUUGCCACCAUGCACUCAGACACGUCCCCGCUGACGGCGCUGCGUGGGAAAUGUCAAAUCAAACACAAAGCGGAGAUCGCCAAUCUGGACGAAUACCGCAAGACGCCGGACUGCUUCUGGUUUGAGAAGCUGUACGAUCGCUACAUCCAGAAGAACUACGAGGUCAUCCCUACCUUCCAGAUCGUCAACGUGCCCGAGCGGGUCAAGAAGGUGCUCGACGAGCGCUGGAAGUACAUCCUCGUCGAGCAAGGGCGAGGAAAGGAGUUGACGAGCGCUGUAAAGCUGUGCAAGCGCUGCAGUGGCUACUGUGCAAGCAACGACUCGGUCGACUGUGCCGUGUGCAAGAACACCUACCACAUGAACUGCGUGCGCCCGCCGCUGCUCAAGAAGCCCUCGCGUGGCUUUGCGUGGUCCUGUGCCGCCUGCAGUCGCGCCCAGGAGAGGAAGCUCGAGGCCCGCAACACCCCAAACCUCGCCGACCCGCACCUGGACGCCGAGGAGGAGGAGCUGCUCGACGAGGAGGAAGAGGAGGCCUGCGCCGCAGCUGGCACCGGUCGCACUAGCCCCUCGGAUGGUGCAGAGGAGUCUCAUCCACCCGCCACCGCCGAACAGAUCUACCACGCAAGCCUCUGGCCCUACCGCUACCUGGGAAUCCACUGCAAGGUGGAAGAUGCGCUGGAUUACGAUGACCGCAUUUACCCUCGCGCCGCCACCCGGAUCGGGCCUCGCUACCAGGCCGUCGUCCAGGAUUGGCCCGGCAGGCCCGUCAAGUACGAGAAGCCUGCCGAGAUCAAGAAGGGCAAUCGCCGGGACAAGACGGUGCAGGCGGCACUCGAGGCCGAGAAGAUCCGCCGGGCUAAGCGUCCCAAGUGGGUGCAAGACGAGCCUGCUGGGUACGUGCAUCGCGGCGAGGAUCUCGAUAAUGGUGAUCCGAACUGCACAUCAACAUUGCUCUACAAGACGCCGGAAGGCGUAUCGCACCGCGAGAUAGAUCGCUAUAUGGACAAAGCGCGGGCCCUGACCGCGACUCUCGGUCUCCCCGAACGCUCCACCAAUCUGGAGGAUGUCGCCAUGAACACCCUGUUCAAGAACAAUUUCGACUUUGAAAAGGCUCUCAAGGAAAUCCCCAAGGUGGAUCGCAGCGCAUUCAAGGAACCCGAGCUCAGCCCCACCGAGCUGAAGCGGUUCGAAGAGGGUGUGUCCAAGUAUGGCUCGGAGUUGUAUGCUGUCAUGAAGCAUAUCAAGUCUGUCAAGACGCCAACGGUCGUGCGGCAUUACUAUACGUGGAAGAAGACCGAGCGUGGAAAGCAGAUCUGGGGUAGCUAUUCCGGCAGAAAGGGCAAGAAGGACAACAAGGAGGCCAAGAAGGCCGAGCACAAAGUCACAGACGAUGUUGCAGACGACCAAGAUGAUUCGGCCUUUGAUACCGGUAAGGCGGUUGAUAAGAAACGGCAAUUUACUUGCAAGUUCUGCAACACCAAGUCUUCGAGACAAUGGAGGCGCGCCCCGAAUGUCGCGACCCCUAUCGUCACCGAAGGGGCCACAGGCAAGAAUGGCAAAGGCGACAAGGGCUCUCAGUACGUUGUCGCCCUCUGCCGCCGAUGCGCCGAGCUCUGGCGCCGGUAUGCCGUGCAGUGGGAAGACAUCGAGGCACUCGCUCAGAAGGUUGCUACGACCGGCGGCCGAGUUCUGAAGAGGAAGGUCGAUGAGGAGCUAGUCAAAGAGCUCAUGGCUGCCGACGAUAGAAUGCGGGCCACAGUUUACAGCACCCCCGACCCCUACGAGGCGACUGCCACUCCUCCACGACAGUCCGGAAGCGAGCCGCCCCGCAAGAAGCUCAAGGGCCAUCCCGAUCGGGACACCGAGACGAAUGCCUCAGACUCGGGCGUGUCGGUGGCUCCGGCUCGGAAACGAGAAAAGGCCGAGAAGGCAGCGCCACCGCCAGCUCCGGAAAUGCCCAAGCCGAAAACCCUGCCGUGUGCCAUAUGUCGCCAGAUGGAGCCUCUUGGAGACCAGCACCUGUCGUGCAGAGAGUGCCGUCUUACAGUGCAUCGCAAUUGCUACGGGGUCCUUGAUAACCGCAACCCCGGCAAGUGGAUCUGCGACAUGUGCGCCAAUGACAAGGCACCUCAGAUCUCUAUCGAUUACCGAUGCGUGCUGUGCCCGGUGGAGCAUACCGAGCACGACUUUGUCGACAUGCCGCCCAAGUCGAACAGCAAAAAGAAGACGGACAAAGAGAAGGAGAAAGAGAAGCAGGAGCGCGAGACAGCUCAGAAGGCAGCAGAGUUCUACCGGAAACGACAAGAAGACUUGCACCGUCCGGUCAAUCCUCGAGAGCCGCUGAAGCGCACCGCAGAUAACAACUGGGUGCACGUCACCUGCGCCGUCUGGACGCCUGAGGUCAAGUUCGGCAAGGCUAAAGCUCUCGAGCCCAGCGAGGGCAUUCCGCUGAUUCCCCGGGCCAAGUAUGCCGAGGUUUGCAAGGCCUGCGGACACGCAGGUGGAGCUUGUGUGGCCUGCCACCAGUGCCGCGCUCCAGUUCACGUCGAGUGCGCCCACCGCGAGGGCUACGUCUUGGGCUUCGACAUUACCCCGGUGAAGGGCUCGCGUCGUGAUCAGGUCAACAUUGUCAGCCUCAAUGGCGAGAGCGGUGCUAUGACUGCUGCUGUAUGGUGCAAGGACCACGUGCCUCAGAAGUCUAUCGUCCAUCGUAUGGACGAACCGGUCGAUGACACUGGCAUGAAUGCUCUGCAGCUCUACGUCCAGAACUACAAGCAGGCAGACCUGACGCUGACGGGUUGCGCGCGGAAGGCGAAUCUCAUCACGCUGGGCUCCGGCUCCCGAGCGACGAACACAGCCCAGCUUACGGCCGCAAACCGACGGGCUUCCACGACGACAGUGCCGGCCAACGGGGCAUCGACCCAAUCGAGCGAGCGACAGAGUGAGGAGGGAGCCGAUCCUCUUCAGCCAGGUGGCAAGAUCUGCUUGACAUGCGGUGUUGAUUCCAGUCCCAAGUGGUAUCCCAUCGACAAGGAGCGCGAGCGCGAACUGGAACUUCCAAUGCCACAAGUGCAAGAAGCUCAACCGCAAGCCCAAGUCGACGCCGACGCCGACUCCGAAGAAAGAGCCAUCCCCGCCGCUGGUAUUCGAGCCUCUCCGGCCGCUUCCGCAGACGGCUAUGCAUGCGACGAGCCCGCAGGUGACGGCAAGCGAGUCGAGAUCUCUGGCCCGUUCGUCCUAUUCAUCAUGGACCACCGGAGCAGCUCAGCCAACCCAGCCCCCACUGGCAGCACCUCUGCAGGCUGCUGGCCCGGGACCGGCACCGGGACCACCGGCUCCUGCGCAGCCUCCGGCCUUGGCACCCUCCAUCGCGCCACGAGCACCUCCGCCGCCCUCUCAUGGCUAUCCUCCACCGUCGAGAGAGCCGUUCAGCGACUGGCACCGGCCACCGGCACAUCACAGCCAGACGCAGCAUACUCACAUAAACGGAGGCCCACCUCCGGCAAUGGCCCCGAGCGUGAUCCCGCCGCUGGCACCUCCGAACCACCUCCGGCCUCCGCCGAUCUCGAGCCUGAACCACGGUCCUCCACCCCCUCCUCCCCAGGCCUCGAUGCCCAACGGCCAUUUGUCCCAGCCGCACAUGAACGGCGUGCCGCCGUCGCCGAGGCGCAUGAGCGGCCCGCCGCCGCCGCCGCCCCCGAUGUCCAACGGAGGCGCGUACAUGCACACGUACCACCACCAGGUGCCGCACCCGCCGCACGCCCUGACUAA